ACAGAGAAAUUUAAAAUUUCUAAUCUGAUAAUGGAUAAUUAACUUGUAGAAAUUAUGAUAACCUCACUUUCAAUUAAAUUCCAUUAUUUUUUUCCUCAUCCAAACACACUCUUAAGUUUGUUGAAGAUGAAAAAGUCACUGAUACAAAAUUGAUUUUUGUGCUUCUUUUGUGUUAGAAGUCUUUCACAUUCCAGCUGAGAGGGUUAAGCACAAAAGAUCUGUGAUGCAGAAAAUGAAUCUUUUUUAUGCCUUUGGUGUUCUUUUUGCUGAAACUGGUUCUUGUGCACUUGUUUUAUCAGUGUGGUGUUUCCCAAGAAUCCUUUUACCUUUUGUCUUCGGCUUUUCUUUUGGCUCUGGUCAAAACCCGAGAAUCCCCCUUAUCAAAUCUGGAAGAACAAACAAGUGCUGGGGACCAAGGAAUAUGCAAAGCUAAAGCCAACCAUGGAGAGCUUUUCUUUUGUUAGUGUUACCAGUUACCCUCAUCUGUUAUAUUCUUGUUGGGUACUUGAGGUUUACCAUGGGAACUGUGUUGCUAAUUUCAAUUAACAAAAUUUUUUAAAAGUUAAGACGGUGUUAAUUUGGUGGGAAUUAGUUUAUUGAUUGAUUAAGACAGUAUUAUAUUUUACCACUUUUGAGAGCAUAUUCACAUUCAUCCACAUGAGUGUGAGGCCAAACAGUCCUGCUCUAUUAUUGUCCAUUUUCUUACCACUUUUCUUUUCGCGUCUUUUGGGCACAAUUCUCGAUGAGAUUAUGCUUGUCAUUAUUACCCCAUAAUCUGUGUGCUUCAUAGUUAUAACCAGAAGGCUGUUUGAAGUUGUCAAAGGCGACAUAAGUUAUUAACCUUUCAACUGUAAAACUAACUUUCGGAUUAAAUGGUAUGUGAAAUUUAAUCUAUUGCACAUUUUGGUGCUUGAACUUUUAUAUUGACCAAUAAAAUCACAUGCUAACGACUAUCAAGAGAGAAAACACACUGAUUUGGUAUCUGUUACGUCCAUCUUUUGUGUAGCAUUUAACGGAAUAGCCGAUACAUGUACUAUUUACUUAUUACGAUACUAAAUUAAUUUUUUUUAUUUCUUUGAAUUUUUUUCUAUUGAUUUUCGCUUAUAUUAUCUUUCACCGUAAAUUUGAACAUAGAACUUUUACAGUGUUGAUUUACAAAUAACAAAUAGACUUUAGCCGGAUGUAGUUAUUUAUUUGUCACAGACAUUUAAUCGAUAACUUGUAAUGCGAGCUAAGCUCACAGACCAGCGUUGGCCGUUGGGUAUUCAACACACUGACCCCUGAACCAACCAAUGUAAUUGACUGACAGUAAAGAAAGAGGUGGGGUUAUUUGUUUCCAGUACACAAUAAAUUAUCUUAUGCCAGGUCAAGUUUUUGUACAGUAUUCCUCAAUGAGGAACAGUUACUUUGACUUCUGGUAGACCAACUCUCCCCUCAUUAGCCUAAUCAAACACCCUUCUUAUUAUACCAACUGGUUUUUUGGGCAUGUAAGAGAGACUUGGCAUAUGUUAGUGAAGUGGGAGAACGAAUAUUAUGGAAUGUGUAAGCAGUUGCAGAAACCUUACUAGCUCCAAAUUAAAGCCUUAAUUAACUGACAUUUCACUGAUUUCAGCAACCCCAUGAUAAACCCUUUAGCAUGUUCCAGCCGAUGAACCUCAUUUGGUUUCAAUCUCUAACUGACAAGUGUUCAACAUUCAUGCAUUUUCCUAAAUUCUUCGUCUUAAUUAGCUUAUAAGUCAGAAAUUGUAUUAAACUAAUAAGUCGUUAGAUUAAUCAUUAUUUGCGGUUUCUCAUAUACAGUAUAAAUGGUAUCUAAAAAUGGAGUAACAUCAGUCUAGUCCUCAAAAGAUUUGGUAUUGGGAUUUUGAUACCCAAGAUAGAAUCAGUUUUGUCUCAUUUUCUGACAACCCACUAUUUCCUCUCUCAUUUUUCCCACCAAAAACUAAAACCCACCUCAGUUUUCCAGUCAGAGGCAAAACCCUACAGUACUCCUAUCAGUUACAUAAUCUGCAUUUACAUUAUGACAUGAUUUGAUUCUCUACAAAGGUCACGGCUUUUUCCAAAACCGUUUUCUGGGUUCUCAAAACCACAGCUUUUCACAGCUAAAAAACCCACCUUUCUUCACCAAAACCCACCUCUGGAGUCUGGAAUCAUGGGCUGUGUUGUGUCAAAGAAAAAGGGCGAGGGGGACGACGUCGUUUGGCUCUGCAAAGAGAGGAAGGGGCAGCUGAAACUGGCUGUGGAGAGAAGGUAUGCUUUUGCAGAAGCACAAUGCAAGUACAAUCACUCACUCUACUCAGUAGCAGCUGCCAUAAGGAUGUUUGUAGCAAGACAUUCCUCACCAUCUUCACCAUUUCUGAUCACAUUUCCUUCUGUGAAUCUUGAAAAUGCUGAGCCCAUUGUCCAAAACAACCCCAUGUUGCUUCAGCAGAGGCCAUCUGAGCCCACCACCCACAAAGCCAUUGCUGCUGGCCCAGUUUCUGAAUCUGCAAAAUUACAAGAAAACCCAGAUGGUGAGAGUGAGGAGGGGGAAGUGGUGUGUGAGCAUUUUUAUGAUGGGGUGGAGGCAGCAAUGGAGUCACCAGAGAGGACAUUUGGGUGGGAUUUCUUUAAUCCUUUCUAUGAUGGUGUGAGGUCAGAAGUGGUAAAUGGGUUUGGGCAGAGUUUUGAUGAGGACUUGAGGGCUGUGAGAGAGAAAGAAGGGAUUCCUGAGUUGGAAGAUGUGGGUGAAGGAGUAAUGAGUGAGGGAAAGGUUGGGGAUUUGAGUAAUUGUGAUGUGGGUCAUGAGGAGGAGAGUGGAAUUGAGGCUGUGAGUGAUGCUGAUGUGAGCCAAGAAGAGCAAAAAAGUCUGAGCGUGAUUGAUACACCCAAAGAGGGGAGGGAGUUGUUGGAUGCUUUGAGAGAUGUUGAGGACCAUUUCAUGAAGGCCUAUGAUUCUGGUUUGGAUGUUUCAAGGAUGCUAGAGACUAACAUGGUUCAGAUGCAAUCUGCAUUGGAGGAGAUUAAAGAGAACUCAACUAAGCUCAUCCGUUCAAUCACACGGAGUCGCUCCACCUCAUCCACAUUAUCUUGGUCUUCCUCUGGCAAAAGUCUGCUUACAUCUAGUUCCAAAAGUUCUUCAACUUACACUCAGUACAGCAAUGAUCUCUUUGAUGACUAUGGAGCAAUGGGAUCCGGGAACCAUUCUUUGACAUUAGGAAGGUUAUAUGCUUGGGAGAAGAAGCUAUUUCAGGAGGUGAAGGCUGGAGAGGAAACCAGGAGAACUUAUGAGCGAAAAUGCUCCCAUUUGAGAAACCAAGAUAUUAGAGGAGAUGGCCUUGACAGUAGGGACAAAGUUGGAGUUGAAGUAAAGGACUUGUAUGCCAGAAUUUUGGUUGCCAUAAGAAGUGCUGAAUCAAUAUCACAAAGAAUCGAAAAACUGAGAGAUGAAGAGCUGCAGCCACAACUUAUCGAGCUGCUAAAGGGCUUAAUGAGAAAUUGGCAGAUAAUGUCGGAAUUGCAUGAAACUCAAAACAAAAUCAUGUCUGAAGUGAGAUCGCUCAACUGCCCCACCAUUGGAAUGUUCUGCAAUGACUCGCACCAGCUUGCUACUUUCAAGCUUGAAGCUGAAAUUCAAAACUGGCGUGCUUGCUUUGCAUCAUACUUUUCUUCCCAGAAGGGGUACAUUGAAGCUCUUCAUGGUUGGCUGUUAAAGUUUGUUGCCCCUGAAACUGAAUUCUACUUGAAGGGCAUGUCUCCACUUCCAUCGUGUACACUCAACGGGCCACCAUUACUUGCAAUCUGUCAUAACUGGUUAACUUUUAUGGAUAAACUGCCAGAUAGGGCAGUGACUAGUGCCAUGAAAAGCUUUGGGAAAGAUGUCAGAGCCCUGUUGGUUCAACAAGGGGAGGAGCACCAACAAAAGAGGAAGGUCGAUGGACUCGCCAGAGAACUUGAUAAGAAGGUUUUGGCAUUUGAAAGGACAGAGAGAAGGCUUCUUGGAUUGAAGUUUUCUGAGAAAGAAACAGAACUGCAUGUGCCAAAUCGAAUUGAGUAUUUGACUGGGAUGAAGGAUCAGCUGGAUAUGUUUAGGAAGAAGCUAGACACUGAGAAGGCAAAACAUCAAACCAGCAUGCAGGAGACACAGCACAUUGCAGUGAAUGGAUUUCAGACGGGGUUUACUUCAGUUUUUGAAUCCUUAGCCGAGUUUUCGAAGACUGCUACAAAAUUGUACGCUGACAUUAUAACUUUCAGCGAAAAUGCAAAGGGGGUAGAUGACAAAAGUAGCAACCCUUCCUGAAGUUGCAGCAUUCAUGUAGUGUUAGGCUAGCUGUUGAAGAAUUGGUUCAUAUGAUAGGUUGUGUCAAACCUGCUCUCAUUGAAAUGGUUAUGCAUUGCAGGCUCUUGCUAUGUAAAGUUUAUAUUUAAUUU